CAGAAAUAAUGAUUCAAGGAAGCAGUGCACAUAUAAAUUCUUCAGAUGAUUUAAACGCUUCCCAACCUCUUAAUCAUGAAGAAAGCAAUCACCAAUCGUUCAAUGUAAUCGAAGAGAAUCAAGGCAAUGAAACACAAAUUUCAGACUCUAGUAUUCAGAAACAAUCAGCAGAAAUAAUGAUUCAAGAAAGUGCAGCUCAAAGUUCUAGCUUUUAUAUAGAGGAAGAUAGUACAAAUAAUAAAUCCAGUUCUUUAGAUGAUUCAGAUGCGGCCCAACCUUUAAGCUAUGAAAAAGAAUGCGAUAACUCACAAUCUGAUGAAUAUUAUGACUCGACAGAAGAAGCAAAUGAACAAAGAUUUAAUGAGAUAAUAUUAAGGUUAAUGAAAAGUUACUCUAACGAUAAGUACAAAUCCCAAAUAAAUAAACAAUUUAAAGCUUCAAAAAAGAAAAUUAAAAAAGUUGAUAAGACCAACAAUAAACCUGUUAACAACUUCAUAGAAAAAGUUUCUUCAAAUUUGACAGAAGAAGAUUCCUUACCUAGUGUUAAUGAAAUAUUGAAACCGUCUGUAACCCAAAGUAGCCAUCCUAGUAAGGAAACAAAUUUAUUAGAUGUAUUAAUGGAUUAUCAG